AUGCGUCGUAACUACCACCUUCUUAUCCUCCUUUUCCCCGUUGUCUUUUGGCUUGUCUGCUUCUUUCUGCUUCCGCUCGUGUCCGUGUUUAUCUACAGUUUUCUGGAGCGCGGCACAUACGGCGGGGUACAGUGGCAUUUCACACUCGAAAAUUACCAACGCCUGUUCGAUGGACUCUACCUCGGUGUCCUUUGGCGUUCAGUAUCGACAGCAUUGGUCUGCACUGCGAUCUGUCUGCUACUCGGUUAUCCAUUCGCUUACUAUCUGGCACGCUAUAGACCGAAACAUCGGAAUGUCUUAUUACUACUCGUUGUCGUCCCGUUUUGGACGAACUUCCUCAUUCGUACCUAUGCGUGGAUACUGAUUUUGCGGACAGAAGGGAUCCUGAACAGCCUAUUGGGAGCAGUCCUUCCUAAUUGGAGUCCAUUAGAACUGCUGAAUACGCCACUCGCCGUCCAAAUAGGCCUCGUUUAUGGAUACCUACCAUUCAUGAUACUCCCACUAUAUGCCGCUUUGGAACAAUUAGAUUUGUCGCUGUUGGAAGCCGCACAAGACUUAGGCGCGUCGCCGAGGCGCGCGUUUUGGCACGUAACCGUGCCGCUCAGCCUUCCCGGUAUCCUUGCCGGAUCGAUGUUAGUUUUUAUCCCGACGGUAGGAGCGUUUCUAACACCAGACAUCCUCGGUGGCGGAAAAGUGAGUUAUAUUGGGAACGUCAUUGAGAGACAAUUCAAAACGGCGCGAGAUUGGCCCUUCGGCUCUGCACUCUCAUUCAUGCUGAUGGGUAUCGUUCUGGUCGGGACUGUGCUAUAUUUCCGCGCUUUACAACAGAAUGAGGGGCAACCUGAAAGCUCUCGUUAG